AUAAUGAUAGUCUCAUUCGAGAUUUACAACGACAAAGACAUUUUUUCAUUGUUUUUACCCCAAACCAUUCCCUCUGAAAAUCUGUACUUAGCCGGAGGUGAUUCAGUAGUGACAAUGUUGUCUAGUUCCAGUGCAAAAUUCUUAGUGAUUGUGUUUUUCGUGGACUUAUCUCUCGCCAAAACGACCAACUACCCUCUAGCUACAACAGUACAGCCGAUCGAAACGUCGACAAAAUCAAGAUAUGAGCAAGGCUUGGAGGACUACGACGAAGCCCAAGCUCGAGAAGGGAGAGGCAUGAUGGAAUACGACGACCACGACCCGCAUGAUCACGAUCACGAUAUGCAAGAGCAAAAAGCUGUCAAAGACGACCCCUGGAACGGGUACUACGAUUUUAUUAUAAACGAGGGCUCGUUCAAAUUCUGGGCCGCCUUCCAGCUUGUAACAGCUCUCUUGCUAGUCUAUUCGGCAUUCGCGGCUGUUUACUAUGCAAAAUUCAAUGUCAUUACUACAGAUUAUGAUUAUUAUGAUGGUUUCUUUGGAAGGUCAAAUCAGGAAUCGUCUUCGAGCAGUUUAUGGUCAGGUUUAUCGGCGCAAACAUUUCAAAGGAUAUUCGACGCUUUAUCUUCAAAAAAAUAUUCAUAAAUGUAGACAACGAAAAGACAGACACUUUCCGUGUUUGGACUUUUCGUGCAAAUAAAUAAAUA